AUGGCUGGUCUAGUCAUCUUCACUGGGGCGAACAGCUCCAUGGGCAUCCCCGCUGCCGACCACCUUCUCCAAAGCUACCCCGACUACACCAUUGUCUUCACGGUGAGGGACGCGUCCGACGUUGAUAUCAACACCAAGAGGCUGCGCGACACCAUCGCCAAGCACCCAAACGCCAAGGCCUCCAUCCUGCCACUUGACCUGGCCAGCCUAGAAGCUACGCACGAAUUCGCUGAUGAAAUCAUUGCCGGCAUCCAAAGCGGCAAGUAUCCUCGCCUUGCUGCCAUUGUCUGCAAUGCCUACUACUGGAAUCUCGUCGGAGACCCUGAGCUCACUGGUAAUGGAUAUGACAAGACGUUCCAGGUUUCCCACAUCUCCCAUGCAGCCCUAGUUCUGAGACUACUGGGCAGCUUUGGCGAUGCCGGCGGCCGCAUCGUCCUCCUCUCUAGCGACUCGCACUGGCCUGGCAAGAAUGCCAUGGAAAAAUAUCCGCCAUCUAUGGAUGACCUGGAACACUUGGUUCACCCGACUGUGGAUGAUGACAAGCAGGGUCGCGGGUACCAGAGAUAUGCCACGGCCAAGCUUGCCAUCACCACCUGGAUGAUAACCGCCGUCGCCAUCAAUCCCGGCAACAUGGUCGACUCCCGCGCCCUCCGUACCAACACACCGCCUAGCUUGCACAAGAUGCAAAAGUUUGUUUACAAGCCUCUGCUUCCGGUUUUGAAGCUCAUCAUGGGCCCGACCCUACGCACGGCAGCACCAGCUGGCGUCGAUGUCGUCGAGCUCACUUUGAACCCAAAAUAUAAAGCCAAGCGCGGCUAUUAUACUCUCCUUGAGGAAGAUGAGAGCUCCCCGGAUAGUCAGAACAGGGAGAAGCAGUCCAAGCUAUGGGCCCAGACUCUGAUUUGGGCCAAAAUCACCGAGAAUAAUACAGCUUUACAAGAUGGGGUUAGGGUUCAAAGGUGA